AUGCGCCUCCUCGUCACCCUUCUCCCACUGCUGACCACCAUCCUCGCAGCUCCCGGCGAACCCUGUGUCUCCGACUCUGGCGAGCCUGCGGCACGACCUCGGCCACCUGCCCCGAAGACGGCCUCGUUUGUUGCUCCUCCAACUGCUCCAGCGACUCCUUCAACGGCACCUGCCGGUGGCGCGGCCAAAUACGGCCCAUACGACGCACCAGCCAUCCCCGAGGUCGGCAGCUGCAAGGCGCAGACAGUCGCUGGGGCCAAGAAGGUCGUUGAGGCGUUCCCCGGCCGCAUCUGGAGCGCAGGCUGCUAUCGCGAGGGAGAGUGCAGGGACGGCUCUGAGCAUCCCUGUGGCCGCGCCAUUGACUUCAUGUGCUCGGACGAGACUGGUCUCGGCAGCACAGGCUGCACCGACAUCGCCGAGUGGGUCAUGCACCACGCCUCCGAGCUGAAUGUCUACUACGUGAUCUGGGGUCAGCGCAUCUGGAACGGCGGUCGCGACAAGGUUGGGCCCUGGUCGGGCUGGCGCACCAUGGAAGACCGCAAGAGCAUCACGCAGAACCACUGCUUCAACGAGGUCUAG